AUGAACGACUAGUUUGGUUUCGACUCAACCACGUCGUUCCUUCAUACAGUACUCGCCUUUACUCCGGUUUUUCUCAGCAGUAGAACUUGACUCAUUUGUGAUUGGCUUCUUGAGCUGCUGCUGUGGGUCUGUACAGCUGAGGGUACACGUAACUGCUCUCGAGUCUGACGUAUCCCAUACAGGCGUUCAGCACCAUGACAUCUACUCGUAUCAAAGCUGUUAUUUUUGACGUCGGCGGAGUAGUGGUCCGCAGUCCCUUUAUCGCCAUCUCCGCUUAUGAACGUGAACAUGGAAUCCCUGAUAAUUACCUCAACUGUUCCAUCGUAGAGAGAAGUCAUCAAGGCGCUUGGCAGAAAUUUGAGAGAGGAGAGUUAUCCUUGCUGCCAUUCUAUGAGGCGUUUAGUCGUGACCUAUCCGACACGGAGAAUGGAAACAGAUGGUACAAGGAGUAUUGCCGACGUCGAAAUAUCGACUGCCCGCCCUUGCCGAAAAUACUCAACGUCGACGGACGAGAGCUUUUCGGUGCGAUGAUGAGAUUGUCCGCAGAAUACGAUCCCCACAUUCUAGAGGCGAUCCGCCGCAUUCGUGCUGCCGGAAGACACAAAAUCAUUGCUCUGACCAAUAACUUCGCGAGGUCCGGCGCGGACAGCCAGAUUCCCCCUUCGGAACUCGAAUUCCUCGGCUGGGAUGAAGGAGGUGCUACACCACAGCGCCUCCGAUCCUUGUUUGACGAUUUCUGCGAUAGCAGUGUCAUGGGUAUGAGGAAACCCGAACCUGAGUUUUAUCUUGUCGCAUGCAAACGAAACAAUCUGGAACCCCGAGAGGCUAUAUUCCUCGACGAUAUUGGAAUGAACCUUAAAGCAGCUAGGAAACUAGGAAUGGAGACCAUUCACGUUCCCAUCGGAGGUACAUUAGACGCAGUGCGACAGCUAGAGGUCAGAUUAGGGAUUGACCUUACGGGCGAAGGGGAGAGACUGCACAAUGAGGACAAAGUGAGUAAGCUAUAACCCUGUGUGGCGACAACUCCAUGGCUUGGAUCUGUACCUUUGUCUUCAAAUUUAAUAUAUCACAACGUUAACACUUAUCACAAGAGAGGACCCUUGGGCUGACAAGGGACGACAGGAAUGUUCUUUGAAUAUGAUCAUGCUGCUGUGCGAUCAAUGGUACGUAUGUUCGUGGAGACGUAUGAGGAUGACCCUCCUCAACUUUGCCUCAAGUGGUAACCCACUAGACGCCUAAUUCCUAAAUAGUAGGACCACGGGUCCUAAUGAUAGGUAGCUGAUAUCAAUUUGAACAUAUUC